CGCACUCUUUCCCUUUGCAGAGAGGAGCUGUAGGGAAGGAUUUGAAGAGGCGAGAAGGCCAGGUCAACAUCUCAUGGUUGCUGCAGCAGUGAGCUGUAAAUCGAAUCAAGUCAGGUCAACCCCGGCGUGCCAAGCCCGUGUUUAUGGAUUCGCGGGCUGCACGAGUGGGCAGGAGAGUUGUACAGUGCCUGUCCUUGCAUAUGGAUGCCUCCACACACAAGUAAGCUUGAAUACUGGGCACCCAGUGAAGGACGCCGAACAGGGCCACCGCCUUCAGUCAGGCACACAAAUCGUGAGUUUGCGUGAGUGCGUGAGCAAAGUCUCAUUUCCUCCAUACGCGGACGCUGACCGACAACUCCUAGUGGACAAAGUGGCCAUGCACCCAUUGGACGCAGAAGAGCAAAGCAGCCUAAUGUCUGUGGGAUCGAGCCAAUGCUGCGCCUGUGGUUCCCUACGUCUGUCAGGGACUUCGGAUGACUGGAAAGACGGGACGAAUGGCUGGUGUUUGACUCAGCUCGACAACCUUGGCUCAACCUCCAAGCCUGCCUGCCUGCCAUCUGCAAUAUCUGGGUCAUUAACGGUUUGUCUGAGAGUCGCACGGGCACAACCGGCCCAGCCCAGAGGAAAAAACAAAAUCGAGGUUGAAGCAGACGAGGACCAAACACGGCCAAGAGCACCCUUCUUUUCGUUCAUGUCCCUUUCUGUCCAUCAUCGUGUCUGUUUUGGGAAAGACCAGCUGAGAACGCUUGCUUCUUUGCUUUGUUCAAGACCCUGGGUGAUAGAAUCAGGACACUCGCUAUCGAGAACUCUGCUGCCAGCCGUCUGGGCAUAGGUUUGACGGUACCAAGAGGCCCCAAAACCUCAUGGGAUUUGCGUGGUGCGUGCGUACGUGCGUGUGCGUGUAGUGGUGGCCAGGCACUAUGGCAAAUCUGGCGGCGAGCCAGCGGCGCAAGAAGAAAGCGUGGCGUUGAUGCAACAUCACACCAUCGUGUGGAUGCGCCAUGGUCCGUGGUUGAGGUUGCGAAUGGCCGGUACGUGAUUCCCAGCCCCCCCCCCCC